AUGUGUAAGUCUCCACCUGAAACUGAAAGCCACAAGAGAGGAUAUGUCUGGUUCGCCCAACCAAAGCCAAUUACAAUACGUCCAGGUGGUGUUGUAAGGAUCAAAGGCGUGCCAAAGUUUCAUGGAACACCAAGUACCCAAGCCAUUUUGGUGGACUCACCCGAUGAUCUUGCUGAAGAACCAAGGUUUCCAGAUCAACUCUUAGUGAGACCCGAAUUGCAGGCAGCUACUGUUGUCAGUUCCAGAAGAAUCACUGUUCUGGUCAAUAACAAUUCAACGAAAGAAAUCACACUGACAAGAGGUAUGCCAAUAGCCCACCUUUUUCCUGUUGAUGUGCUACCAACUCCUACUGUCAAUAAAGAGACUGAUCUCAAGUCAUCAAAGAGAGUGACCCAGUCAUCUUUUGACUUUGGCACUUCCCCUGUCCCCAAGAAAUGGAAAGACAGACUGGUGAAGAAAAUGUUGGAGCGCAGUGAUGUAUUUUCAACACACGAGUUCGAUGUUGGAUGUAGUAAAAGUACCCAACAUGCAAUCAAAACUACUGAAGACAAGCCAUUCAGGGAAAGAUCCCGUCGCCUGCCGCCUGCUGAUCUUGAAGCGCUCAGACAGCACCUGUCAGACCUGAAAGAAACUGGCAUAAUCACUGAGUCACGUAGUCCAUAUGCGUCACCUAUAGUGGUCGUACGAAAGAAAAAUGGAAAGAUCCGUAUGUGUGUGGACUAUCGUACAUUAAACAGGCGCACUAUCCCUGACCAGUACACAGUGCCCAAGAUUGAAGACGCAUUGGCAUGUCUCAAUGGAAGCAAGUGGUUUAGCGUCCUAGAUCUCAGAAGUGGAUACUACCAAGUGCCAAUGAGUGAAACCGAUAAGGAAAAGACCGCUUUUAUUUGUCCUCUUGGUUUUUACCAAUUCGAAAGAAUGCCACAAGGAGUGUCAGGUGCUCCUGCAACUUUUCAGCGAAUCAUGGAAAGAACUGUUGGUGACAUGAACUUGCUGGAAGUUUUGGUCUACUUGGAUGACCUUAUCGUUUUUGGUGCAACACUGGAAGAGCAUGAACAGAGACUACUAAAAGUGCUCGACCGCCUAAAAGAAGAGGGUCUCAAGCUGUCGUUAGACAAAUGCCAGUUUUGUCAACCGUCUGUGUCCUAUGUUGGCCACAUUGUAUCACAAGAGGGAGUGUCGACAGACCCAAAGAAAACUGAAGCGGUCACCACAUGGCCAAGACCAACUACUGUAACUGCUUUAAGGUCCUUCCUCGGGUUCUGUGGAUAUUAUAGACGCUUUGUGAAAGACUACUCGAAAGUUGCUUUCCCACUGAAUCAACUCUUGUCUGGAUACCCACCUAAUGCCAAAAGAUCCAAGAAAAAGCAGGAUGAAGCCUACCUCAACCCGUCACAGCCAUUUGGUAGUCGCUGGGAUGACAAAUGCGAGGCUGCUUUCAAAGAGUUGAAGCAAAAACUCACAAAUGCUCCAGUUCUAGCCUUUGCUGACCCACAGUUACCCUAUGUGCUACAUGUUGACGCCAGUCGAGAAGGACUCGGGGGAGUUCUGUAUCAAGACCAAGGUGAAGGGCUAAGACCCGUUGCUUUCAUCAGUCGCAGUUUAACUCCAUCGGAACGUCAUUACCCUGCUCAUAAAUUGGAGUACCUUGCGUUAAAGUGGGCUGUUGUUGAUAAACUGCAUGAUUAUCUCUAUGGCGUUAAGUUUGAAGUCAGAACCGAUAAUAACCCUUUGACAUAUGUGUUGACGUCCGCCAAGUUAGACGCAACAGGGCAUCGUUGGCUCGCGGCUCUGUCAACAUAUGACUUCAGUCUAAAGUACAGAUCAGGAGUUCAGAAUAUUGAUGCUGACGCCCUGUCAAGGCGCCCACACCUCAGCCAAGAUCAAAGAUCCACACAAUGGACGGACAUCUCAGCAGAUGGUGUCAGAGCCAUGUGUCAAACCUCAACCAUGAACAAGAAAAACACCUGUCCAGAAAGAGCAGUUGAUCAUUUAGGCUUUUCCAUGAACGCCAUACCUAAAGCCUACUGUAACCUAUCGACUCUCAGUCUUAAGGGAAUGCCCAUCUUAAGUCCCUUUGAAAUCUCAACGUCUCAACAAGAAGAUCCUAGUCUCUCUGAGAUAUGGAAAGCUCUAAAAGAAAGAAACACAACCCAUGUCAAGUCAAAAACCCCGAUCAGCUCACUACUACUAAGAGAGUGGGACAGACUAAAGUUGCAACAAGAUGUCAUGUAUAGAGUCACUGUUCCACCUGGCCGAAACCGUCGCUCACAACUCGUCUUGCCUGAAAAGUUUAGAAAACCAGUCAUGAAAGCACUUCAUGAUGAUUCUGGUCAUCUUGGCAUUGACAAUACCUAUGGACUCAUCAAAGAGAGAUUCUAUUGGCCAAAGAUGAAAUCAGACGUUGAAGUACAUUGUAAGAACUGUGCAAGGUGCAUAAAGAGAAAAACACUUCCAAAGAGAGUCGCCCCUCUGUGUCACAUGCAAAGUGAUGGCCCACUGGAUUUAGUAUGUAUGGAUUUCUUGUCCAUCGAACCGGACUCAAGUAACACAGAGAAUGUCCUGGUCAUAACUGAUCACUACACUCGCUAUGCCCAAGCCUUCUCUACUAAAGAUCAAAAAGCUGUGACUGUGGCCAAAGUUCUACUUGAGAAAUACUUUGUCCAUUACGGUUUGCCAAGACGCAUGCAUAGUGAUCAGGGACGAGAUUUUGAGAGUCGUCUCAUUCACGAGUUGUUGAGUUCCCUUGGUGUAGACAAAUCAAGAACGACUCCAUAUCAUCCUCAAGGGGAUCCCCAACCUGAAAGAUUUAACAGAACCUUGCUAGACAUGCUUGGAACCCUUGAGCCAGACAAGAAGAGAAAAUGGAGCCAACACAUUGCACAUUUGGUCCACGCUUAUAAUUGCACGCCAAAUGAAGCCACUGGUUUCUCGCCCUACUAUUUAAUGUUUGGACGCCAAGCAAGAAUGCCUGUGGAUUUGUGUUUUGGAACAUCCAGUGACAAUACAACUAAAGAAACCUACCUCAAGUAUGUCACAGAAAUGAGGAAAGAACUAAAAGCCGCCUAUGAACUCAGAGUGUGCCGCUGUCAAACAGAACAAAGGGAACAAACAAAGAUAUGA